GUCCAGCAGGUGGUGCUGCAGUUGAUCAGUGUGUCUUCACUUGUCUUGAGCUCAGACUGAAGAUCUUCUACACACUCGCUCAGCUCGUAUCCGGCGUUACUCAGAGGUCAUGGCUCUGCCGGACUCAUUCAUCCAGAAGCAGCAGCUGGACGCAUCGAUGGCCGACACCUUCCUGGAGCAUCUGUGUCUGCUGGACAUCGACCAGGAGCCCAUCACUGCCCGCAACACCAGCAUCAUCUGCACCAUCGGUCCAGCGUCUCGAUCCAUCACUAAACUACAGGAGAUGGUGAAAGCAGGAAUGAACAUCGCCAGACUCAACUUCUCUCAUGGCACUCAUCAGUAUCACGCAGAGACGAUCCGUAACGUCCGUGAGGCGGUGGAGACUCUGACCUCUGACCCGCUGUACUACAGACCCGUGGCCAUCGCUCUCGACACCAAAGGGCCAGAGAUCCGCACCGGCCUGGUGAAGGGGCGUGCAGAUGCGGAGGUGACUCUGGAGCGCGGGGCGCUGGUGCGUGUGGUGACGGCGGAGUGUGAGCGCGAGCAGACGGACGGAUCCGUGAUCUGGAUGGAUUAUCCCAGUUUAACACGCGUGCUGAAGAAGGACAGCAGGAUCUACAUCGACGACGGACUCCUCGCUCUCAGAGUGCUGGAGAUCGGGGACUCGUGGCUGCAGGCGCGGGUGGAGAACGGUGGUGUUCUGGGCAGCAGUAAGGGUGUGAAUCUGCCCGGUGCGGAGCUGCUGGACCUGCCGGCGGUGAGCGAGCGAGACCGCUCAGACCUGCAGUUCGGUGUGGAGCAGCAGGUGGACAUGAUCUUCGCCAGCUUCAUCCGCUGUGCUGAGGACGUGAGGGCCGUGAGGGACGCGCUGGGACCCCAGGGACACGACAUCAAGAUCAUCAGCAAAGUGGAGAGCAGACAGGGGGUCCGCAAUUUUGAGCAGAUCCUCCAGGAGAGUGAUGGGGUGAUGGUGGCUCGUGGAGAUCUGGGCAUCGAGAUCCCGGCAGAGAAGGUCUUCAUCGCGCAGAAGAUGAUGAUCGGACGCUGCAAUUCUGCUGGGAAACCUGUGAUCUGCGCAACACAGAUGCUGGAGAGUAUGGUGCACCACGCGCGGCCCACCCGUGCAGAGAGCAGUGAUGUGGCCAAUGCGGUUCUGGACGGAGCCGACUGUGUGAUGCUGUCUGGAGAAACAGCCAAAGGACACUUCCCUGUAGAGGCCGUGGCCAUGAUGCACUCGAUCUGCAGAGAGGCGGAGGCGGCCAUCUUUCACCAGCAGCUGUUUGAAGAGUUGCGGCGCUUGACUCCGCUGAGCUCCGACCCCACAGAGGUCACAGCCAUCGGGGCCGUCGAGUCCUCAUACAAGUGCUGCGCUGGAGCCAUAAUCAUACUCACCACCAGCGGCCGGUCUGCUCAGUUAUUGUCUCGUUAUCGUCCUCGUUGUCCGAUCAUCGCUGUGACGCGUAACGCUCAGGUUGCCCGCCAAUCACAGCUGCUGCGUGGAGUUUUCCCCGCCCUCUUCAGAGCUCCGCCCGCUGAGGUGUGGGCUGACGACGUGGACAACCGUGUCACCUUCGCCAUGGACAUCGGUAAAGCGCGCGGGUUCUUCCGCUCAGGUGAUAUGGUGAUCGUGGUCACCGGCUGGAGUCCCGGCUCUGGACACACAAACAUUAUGAGGGCGGUGACAGUGCCCUGAUGCCCAUCUCUGAUUGGCCGGAGUCUUUGAUUGACAGUCUCCUGGGGCGUGUCUGUGUGUCAGCUGAUCUCAGUUUGAUUUACAUUUACAGCAUCAUGUGUCAGUCCGUUCUACAGCAAUAAACAUAACUGAGUC